AUGCAGAUUACUGUUGCUCCAGCAUCAGCCCAAACCUUACGGGCCGCGGUUGAGAAACUGCUCAACGACGAGACGCGUCCGACCGUCAUCGGCAUCUAUCGAAACCUGAACAAGGUACCGGCUGAGUUCAAAUCUCACCCCAACUUCAAAGCUGUGCAAGCCGAUCUCAGUGAUGCUGGAAGCCUGGACUUCACAGGCUCGGAUGCGGUUUUGGCCUUGACUCCGCCCAAGUACGACGGCUCCGACUUCAUCGCCGAGACAAAGAAAGCCGCUACCAACGUGCGCAACGCGAUCGAGAGGUCCGGCACGGUUCGGCGGCUUGUUUAUAUUUCCAGCAUGGGCGCGCAACAUGCGGAAGGUGUCGGAGAGGUUCGGACUAACCACGAAAGUGAGGAAAUAUUCCGGUCGGCGGCGCCGGAAGUCGUGUUUAUUAGGAAUGGCUAUUUCAUGGAGAAUUGGGCCUCCGCUCUGGAAACCAUCCGGGCAGAUCCGCCUUUCUUCUAUUCAACCAUCACCCCGAUUGACUAUAAGCUUCCGAUGAUAUCGGCCCGUGACAUUGGGAGAACUGCCGCGACUGAGCUACUCGCGACGGGGUCCCCAUUGAAGGCAAACCCGUACAUCUUCAACCUCCACGGCCCGAAGUCGUACUCGACCUUGGAUGUGCAGCGUGCAUUCGAAGAAGUCACUGGGAAGAAGAUCGAAGUCAAGCUAAUCGAGAAAGAUCAGCUUACUUCCUUCUACACCAAUAUCCUUCCCCCUAACAUUGUUGGUGCUUUCGUCGAGAUGACACUCUCCUUCUUGCCGGGAGGCAUUCAAGAGGAGGAGAUGAAUAGUUCAGAGAACAUGAGACGUGGUCAGGAUACGUUGGUCGAUGCGUUCAAGGCCCUGCUCCAGAAAUCCUAG